AAGUAAAAUGGGUGGAAAUCAAAAUGAUAAUGAUGCACUGGACGGUGAGAAUAUCGAGACGUUGUAACAACUAAAUUAAAGUUUUUCAGACCCAAAAUCGAAACAGCGCAAUCUUGUAUUCUGUCGGUGUUCAGUUGCCUCGUAUAAACAGGCGCUAAAGAGAAAAACUUGAGAAUACGGCAACUUCUUAUUGAAACGUCAUUUCUCUUCGACGUCACUUUUUGUUUAAUGAAAAUGGAUGAAAAUGAGUCACAAAAGUAUUUGUGAUUUACAAACGACGUUUAAUUAAAUCUAUUCUAAACGUUUUAUUAUUAUCUGUAUCCCGGAAAAGCAGUAGAUAUGUUCUCCAGUGGUCCAAACUAUACAAAGUUAAAGACGAAUCUUCGUCUCGCUUUGAAUAGGCUUAAAUUAUUGGAAAAAAAGAAGGCUGAACUAGCGCAGAAGGCACGAAAGGAAAUUGCAGAUUACUUGGCCACUGGGAAAACGGAGCGGGCCCGCAUUCGAGUAGAGCACAUUAUACGUGAGGAUUAUCUUGUGGAAGCUAUGGAAAUAAUUGAAAUGUACUGUGACCUCCUCUUGGCCCGUUUCGGUUUAAUUACGCAGAUGAAAGAAUUAGAUGAUGGCAUUGCUGAGGCAGUAUAUAGUUUAGUGUGGGUGUGCCCGCGCCUGCAAAGUGAUGUGGCCGAACUCAAAGUGAUUUCCGAUAUUUUCAUUACUAAAUACGGGCCUCAAUUUGCCGAGCAUUCCCGUACUGCAACGGGAGAGCAUCAAGUAUCUGGAAAAUUGAUGAAUAAACUCCAGCUUCAAGCUCCGCCUAAACUUUUAGUGGAAAAGUAUUUAAUCGAAAUAGCUAAAAAUUAUAAUAUCGAGUAUGAGCCCGACCCACAAGUAAUGCAAGAGGAAAAGGCCAACAGCGAUCAACCACAGGCACAUUUAAUUGAUUUAUCAGACCGAAAUAACUUGGGAGGUGGUGGUGGAGUAGGUCCACCACCUCAAAUGGGUUUUAUUGGCUACCCCUCACUUCCUCCUCUGCCAGACCCUCCAGCAGCAAAGCCAUUCAAUUAUCCACCACCUUACGGUCCAGGGCCGGGAUCUGGUGGUGGUGGAUCUGCAGCGUCUGGAGCCACUCCACCACAGCCGUUUGCCUAUAAUAUACCACCAGCUCAAUCCAAUUAUGAGCAUAAAGAUUUAAAUACUUCUUUCAUAAAUGAAGAAUCGUCAACGGCAUCCGGUAUUAACAGUGAAAGCGGUAGCCCAGAUGAAAAUAUCUUGCGACCUAAACAGUACGAUGAUCCCCCGCCGCGAUACUCAUCAAUUAAUCCCUUUAAUAUUCAGGAUAAAAAUAAACCUAAACCGCAGCCACGGCAAAAAUUGCCCCCACCAGGUCCAAGCGCUCCACCAGUUUUACCAGAUAUACCAAAUUUGCCAAACGUUCCAAGUGAUUUGCCGGAGUUCCCGGCGGAGGAACCAAAGUCAAAUAAUACUGAUAAUGAUGAUAUAGACUUUGAUGAUCUAUCGCGUCGUUUUGAAAAUUUAAAAAAACGCAAAUGA